AUGGACCUCGACGAUCCACCCAUAGAGCUUACUCCCUCUCCCAUGCGCGUCCUUGUGCAAACACUCACUAACCUCGUUCCGUCGGACAAUCUUAUCGCCAAUGGUGAGCCAUACGGUGACAAGCUACUCUCCAUGCUCGACCGAACCUGCAAGCAUGUUUGGGAUUUUCCAUAUGAACCAGGCCUGCAACGCUGGUACUCCUACGGUGACGAGUUCGGCUACAACAACCGGGUGUGCUUUUUCCUACUGGACUAUGGCACUGCUCCGAACGGCAAUGAUGAGGAAGUUCCGAUCCAGUGUUUUACGUGGGAUGGAGAGAAAUUCAUACCCAAGCCCGAGCUCCUCCAAAGCGAGGAUGUUCAAGCAGAGUUGAAGGAGGUACCGUUUACACCAGGUCCUUCCGACCGUGGAGAGAUACCGCCGAUGCGGGAUAUAGUGCGGCGGAGGCUACGGAAAGCACAGUUUUUGUCGAAACGAGAGCUUGACUAUAUAGCGGAGCAUCCGGAGGAUCAGGAGUGGUUGCAGAGAAAGGUGAAGCCCAGGUUUUGGGCGAACCUUUUGGAGCAGAUGGAAAGGAGAGGAAAGCAGAAUGAGGAUGAGAAGGGAGGGGAAGAUUAUGUGGAGCAACAACAAUGA